AAAAUUAAUUUAAAAGCCCAUCCUCAUAAAAGCUCGUCUCAAUCCUGUGGUUUUCAAUUCUUUGUGCCGUACUCUUGAGUUGGUUCUUCGCGUCUCUCUCGCGUUUCCCGUACACACUCCAUUUGCUAGAUCAUUCAUCCAAGUAAUCACUAGGAAUCAUGAGCAACGAAGAAGAGAAGAGGUGUCCUUUGUGUGCAGAAGAGAUGGACUGGACUGAUCAACAGUUGAAGCCCUGCAAAUGUGGUUAUGAGGUGUGUGUUUGGUGUUGGCAUCACAUAAUGGACAUGGCAGAGAAGGAUGCAACAGAGGGACGUUGUCCUGCGUGUCGCACACCUUAUGAUAAGGAUAGAAUUGUAGGGUUGGAAGCAAAUUUUCAGAGGGUAUCUGCCAAUAGUUCUAGUCGAAAACAAAAGCAACCAAAGGCAAAGCAAAAACCAAAUGAACCAAGGAAGGAUCUCAGCAAUGUUCGAGUGAUUCAGCGAAAAAUGGCAUAUAUUAUUGGGCUUCCCCUUAGUAUAGCAGAUGAAGAUUUAUUGCAGCGAAAAGAUUAUUUUGGGCAAUAUGGGAAAGUUACCAAGGUUUCACUUUCUCGGACGGCUGGUGGGACAGUUCAGCAGUUUGUCAAUGAUACUUGUAGUGUAUAUAUUACUUACUCAAAAGAGGAGGAAGCAGUGAGGUGUAUUCAAUCUGUACAUGGAUAUGUGCUGGAUGGUAGGUUUUUAAGAGCAUCAUUUGGAACAGCAAAGUACUGUCAUGCAUGGUUAAGGAAUAUGCCCUGCAACAAUCCUGCAUGUUUAUAUUUGCAUAACAUUGGUGCUGAAGAAGAUAGUUUUGGCAAAGAUGAAAUAGCUGCAGUUCAUACUAGGAAUAGAGUUCAGGAAAUUGUUGGUGCUGCCCAAUAUUUGCAUAAACGGUCAGGAAGUACAUUGCCAUCACCAGUAGAUCAACACUUGAACAACCACAGUUCUUCACCAGAUGGCCUGAAAGUUGUAGAUUAUGCUACAGCAGCUUCUUGUAAUGAUCAGAGUCAGUUGCCUAGAUCAUCAAAACACAUGACAACUUUUGUAGAUAUUGUUGGAAGGUCAUGUAAUUCGGGUUCUGAUAAAGAUGUGACAGAAGGGCGGAUGGUGAAUUUAUGUUCUGAGAUGUCUUCUAUAUGCAUGAAUAAGGCUGAAAGUUCAGAUCUAGUGUCAUUAAAAUCAUCAUAUCCUGUUGAUGGAGUGACCAAUAGCAAAUCAGUAGAAGUUAAGGACAGUAACAUUAUUACAAAAGAAGAAUCUGAUUCUGAUGAUCAGGGGUGGGAAGAUUGUAUAGCUUCAAGUCAGAAGGGUUAUUUGGAUCCUUGUGAGGCGAUUAAGAAGCGAUAUGAUUGGUGGAAUAUGGAGUCUUGUAGUGUAAAUAAUAAGUAUGCAGGAGAUGAAGGUGUUAGACAGUCAGGAGCAUGUACAAAUUCUGUGUUGAGUGAGAAAGAGGGUUUGGGUAAAUCAGAUUCAGAUAGGAUAUAUAGAAGCUCUAAAGCUUUUUCCAAUGAGGAGAUAGUGGAGCAUUUGAGACGUCUUGGUGAUGAUGAUAGUUUUGUGAAUGAUGAUGAUGAUGAAAAUUCUGCUGCUGUGGAAAGCAGCAUAAUAUCAAAUAUUUUGUCCAUGGAUUUUGAUGGGUCUGAUGAUUCGGUCUUGCCUGGAAUGGGAUUGUUUGAAAGGAAAGAUGGGUGGCAGUAUCAAUCAAGAUUUUCAUUUGCUAAUCAAGACUUGGACAAAUUAUCUCUUCUUCAGAACCAGAACCAGAACCAGAACCAGGACAAUAUCUAUAAACCACAAUAUCAGGCAUCAAGGGGGGUUCAGAACUUGAACUUGACACCACCAGGAUUCUCCAAACCACCUCCUGGCUUUUCCUCAUCCAUGACCAUCAGAAGUGAGCAUCAGGCUGUUUCUGCCACUCCUGGAAGUUAUGUGACGAAUUCUUUUUCAAACAAUCAUCAUUAUCGUACACCAUCAAUAGGGAAUAUCAGCAACAGUAGCGAUGAUCUUAUCGAUCCUGCCAUAAUGGUUGUUGGAAGAGGCAAAUCAUCAUCUUUUGACAUGAGGUCCAACUCCAACUCCAACUCCAAUUCAUUCGAUGAAGAGUCAAAACUCUGGCUCUUGAUGCAACAACAACAACAAUCUGCAACUUCUGCAGCAGCAUACCAUCAUCAUCAUCAUCAUCAUCAUCAUCAUAAUCAUGAUCCUCAAUAUUCUCAAACCUCCUUGAUGCCCCACCAGUUUUCUUCUUCUUAUCAAGAUGAUUAUUAUGGCGAACUGAAUUCCAGGGUAGUGGAUCAACAGCACCAACACCAGAGGUACUUACAACAACAUAAGUUUGGAAACGGUGGGGGGCAUGGGCAUGAGGUUCAACAACUUAACAGUAGAAGUGACCUGGGGUUGGUAGGAUUGGAUAAAUUGUUGCCUGGGUAUGGUGAUGUAUACACUCGGGUGUUUGGAAUGUAAAUUACUAUCUCCCUCUCUCCCUUCACCUUUUUAAAAUCUUUCUUUCUGGGUUCCGUUUGUGUAGUAGUUAAAGAGAGAAAUAGAUCAACUUUUCGUUUCAA